GCUGAAUAAUUCUCUUAAAUAGAACCACAUGUGGAACUAUGUAUAUUUAAAUGUAGGCACAAAUGUUUUGCACAACUUACUAGUGACGGAUAGAAAAUUCUCUCGUUUUUUAUUGUCACUUUCUCUCAUCACUCUCAAUAUUCUACUUAUUUGUUUCUGUGUGCUGUUGAAGGAAUUUGUUAUGACUGCUGACUGUUAUUUUUUUUUUGUACGGAUAUAUAUUUUGUCUAAUAGUUAUUGCUAUGCACAUGGAAUUUGUGAUGGCUAAAUUUGCAUGACAUAGUCAGUUUCUGCCUGAUGUCACCCCUUUCUCGAAUUUUGGCGCGACUUCGGUGACAAGUCACUCGACGUAGCUCAUCUUAAGAGAUAUGGACCUACAGAAUUAGGAAUUGAUAACUGCUGAUAAUUUUGAUCAGAUCUCUACCAUAUUGGUACGUAUCUCAUAAAUGAAGAAAAGCACAAAAGUCUGAUAAUUCAAGAUGAUAUAGAAUUCGCGCCAAAAAUUGUAAUAAAUAAAAAUGUCUUUAGGUUAUGAAUACUUAAUAUAUUGGUUGAGGCCCAUACUUCAACUGCAAAACUUAACUACACAAUUUUUAUGCUCCUAAUCUAUAAAAUUAUGUAUACUAAGCAUACUUAGAACCUCCUUCACACACCAAUAAAAUUUCCAAUAAUAAAUGAACGACUAAUUCCUUUAAAAGUAAUCAACUUAACAACUCUGGAUUAUUACAAUUAAUUUUUGAGAAAUUCACCAAUAAAUUUGAGUAAGAACUCUUAUUCCUCACACAAAGAACACAUGUGUCGCAUCACGAAGUGUGUGUGACACUGACAUUGUCCAAAAAAAUUCUCAUUCUCAUUCUCUUUCUCUCAUGCGACACAUCCACACAUAUUGUCGCUCCCAAAAUAAUAAAGUUAUAGCUUCAUGUUCACACUGAAGAAUAAAAAAAAAUCUCGAAUGUAGAUUCACCCCAUAUAGAAGAAAGCAUAAUAACAACACAUAAUGCCUUGAUCGUUAACGUAUAAACGAGCGUAAACAGCUGUAAAGAGAAACAGUCAAUGCGUCUCUUCAACAUAAUACAUCAUUCAUAUUUUGCCGGAUGAACGUUAAGCAUUGAAAUAUACUUAGUUCUCUAUCCAUUGUUCAAGGCUAGCUAUACAAAAAUUAAUUGAAUUUAAUUAAAGAUCCAAAUAGUGGUUGUGUGUCUGUGAGAAAAUGCUUCUGGGAAAUUUCCACUGUUAAUGACUAACUGAAAAGUGAAAACGGAUUGCAAGUUAUUAUUAUUAUUAUGGACUAGACACGCACAACAAUACCAAAACUAGUCACAGAAAAAAAAGUUGAAAUUAGUGAAAAUAAAAAAAAGUGAAAUGAAAAAUAAUUACAGACAAUUGACAAGAUCGCCGAGUGAGCCGUCAAUUCUUAAACGAUCAGCUAGUUAUGCUUUGAGGUCCUCAUUUCGAUUGCCAAAAAAGCGUAUGAGUACUCAAUUACAUGCUCUUAAUUUAGAACAAUUGCCAUCAUUCAUUCCGCCAAAAGCUGCCGCUUUAUUGCAAAUUAACAUUACUACUCCUUCAAAUCAUACCGCUCUACUCACAAAUCCUAGUCAUUUAAUAACAAAUGAAUCACAAAUUAAAUUUGCUACAAUAAGAAAACGUUCGGUAUGGGCUAAUAGCUCGGCAAAGAUUAGUCUGCCGUCCAGUCAUCAUAAUGAACGAGAUAAAAUCGAAGUAAAGAGAAGUGAACAGUCCAAAGCCAUGCAUAUCGGUGGAUUUAAUUUCCUUCAACAAAACAAAGCAGUUGAAGGCAAUAAUGGAGCAAGCAAUGGCGAUAUCGUUGGAUCAGCGAGUGUUUUGAAGGAAUUCAAUAAGAACUCAACAAGUGAUAAUUUUAAAUUGAACAAAAAGUACAAGUUUGGACACGUGAAUAAGUCAUUCGAGCCGAGCUCUGCAUAUGCCUUAUUUGAGUGUGUCGAGGAGAAUCAAUAUGACCAGCUGAAAAGCUUAUUGGAGCAGAAACAAUUAAACGUAAAUGCAUUAAAUAAUGAUGGAUUCUCAGUACUGGAUCUUGCAGUAUUAAUUAACAAUCGACCAAUAACAAAGCUCCUGCUUCAAUAUGGUGCACAUUCUGGCAAUUUUCCAGUCGAGAGUCUCGAAACUCAUCUCAAUUCAUUGCUAACAAAUUCUGAGAAAAAAUUAGCACAAUUUGUAAGCAGUACUGGAUCUUCGAGUCAAUCAUGUAUUGGACCAGAGACAGAACGUCAAAAACUAACCAUAGAGAAGCGAAUCAAACUUAUAAGAAAGAUGAUAAAUGGAUGGCAAAGAUUAAAAGUUCCAGAUCCACCGUUUUCAUUUACUAUCGAUGUCAUUGGGACGAAUUCAGUACUGAUAAGAAUAUUGGAACCAAUAGAAGAUACUAUUUGUACAACAUUCAGAGGUAAAUAUCAAUAUCUAUAUACUGCACAGUAUCUAUAUGUAGCAAUUUUAUUUGAUAAUGUCUCAUUUUUAGUUCAAUAUUCACCGCGCGAAGACUUUUCUAUAGUUAUAGCUGAAAAGACAAUAACAGAGUGGAAUAUAUUUCAAGGAACGAUGGGAGUUAAUUUUCAUCUGGAUCAUUUAAUACAAAGGCGACGGUAUUAUUUUCGAGCAUGUAGUGGCAAUAUUAAAGGAUAUGGCAGUUAUAAAGUCUCAAAUCCAUUAAGUAUAGUUCCAUCAAGUUGGAAGGAUAUCGAAGAGAAUCCAAGAGACUCGAGAUUUCUCAGCCAGAAAGAGAUAUUUGAGAAUAUAGGCAAGACUGUUCAUCAAUCAAAGCCUGAUGAGCCAAUUGACGAACAACAAAGGCGAAAUCAGAAGAAGAAAACAACAAUCAAGCAACUAUUCUCGACUGUAUCCAAGUUCCAGAAGUCAUUGAGGAGAGGAAUUUAUUUAGCAUGCAUAAUAUUUUCAGACGAGAAAGUUCUCGUUACUAACGAAGAUUUCCUCCCAGUUAUUGAGAUUGAUGAAUCAUAUCCAGCAAAUUUGAAUAACGACUUUUAUUGGCUCAUGAAAAUAUCAACGUCGUGGGAAGAUGUUAAGAAUCUACGAAUUGAAAUGGAAAAAAAUUCAACAAAUAAGAUUCAAUUCCGUUUUAAAAUUCUUAAUGCCAUCCAUCAGAUGCAAAUAUCUCUAGGCAUCACAGAUCUCGGUCAGUUUUAUUACAAGCCACUGAAAGAUUCAAAUGGAACAAUCGUGCUGGCAUGCUCACUCUACUGUAAAGAUCCAAAGACAUCAACACUUCACACAAAAUGGAUAUCUAUGAAUAAGUUACUAAAAAAAGUUACCGUUUUGCUCGAGGAUAGUCCGAUUAAUGAAAUCCUAUUGAACUCAAUUAAAAGUCAAAUUAAUUACUACCAUGCAUCAAAAGUGAAAUUAUCUCGUGGUCUCUACUUAAGCUAUUUAAAAAUGUUUAGUUCUAUGGAUUCAAUACAUAUUGUAUGUCAAACGAAAACACCUAAUGUGCUUCCUAAUUGUAAGAUUCGUGAUAAUCCACACAUAUCAGCUGAGGAAUGGACAGUUCUCAAAUCGAAUUUGGAGCGAGACAAGGAAGGAAAACUGUCACAAGCUCAAGAGAACUUUAUUGAAAGUCUUAAAUUAUCAUUAAAUCGUUUAUUCAAAUUCAUGAACAUUGAUCACGAAGAAGCCUUAAGACAUCGAAUUUAUGACACAGAAGUCAUUGAACUUAAUGAAGAUGUCAGUUUUCUCAUAGUCUGUCCUCCACCAUGUGAUACAAUUAUAAACUCAAAAGAUUCCCAUAACGUUAGUGUCGAUCUAUCACUCAAACGAUCAGAUUUUAUAAGUCUUCCACUCAUAGUUCACGAAAUGAUUCAAUUUGAUACAUAUCAAUCCACAUUGUUACACACGUAUGCACGACUAUCGUUUUUAACAGAAUUUGAUAUGAUAACAGCGAAUUUAAAGCAACGAGAAGCAUUUUCAUCGAAUGAAUUACAAGUAGCCAAAGAUAGACUUAAACAAUCUGAGGAAACAAUGAAUGAGUUGAAUGGAGCAUGGAAAAGUAUACGAUACAUGACGGACGUAAUACAAUUUUAUAGAUCAAAGGAAGUAACAAAUACGUCGGACAUAAAGAAGAUCCUUCAAUUUGUAUCAUCCUAUAAUAUAUUCUUUAAAAUGCCUGAUACACAACUGAGAGGAUUUCAUGUCAAGUCACCGAUUCGUGGCUCUUGGGGACCACAAACUUUUAAAGGAUCCGAAAUUCUUACAUUCACAGAACAUUCCAAAUCUGACCAGUUGUUAAACAGUAUUGAGUCCAAAAAUAACUCCACUGUCUUAUCAACAGAAAGUGAUAACAGGAAGAACUCAAUCGAUUCAAAUUAUUAUUCAGCAGGCGAGCAAAAUGACUUUUCAAUACCACGAUUGCCACUGUCGAAAUCUGAGGAAGCAUUAGUUGUGACAAGACGGAAAGGACCGUCAAAUAUCCAUCAAAGGAAACGACCAACGACAUUCAAUCCACAUAGUUCUGACUCACAAAGUAGUAAUAAGUCAAAUGGUCUUGUUGUACAUCGUAUAAAUGCAAAUGUGAUCAAUGAAGUAGUUCCAAAUGAGCCUUGUAAGCAGAGCAUUGAAAUUACACCAAGUAAGUCGAAGCUUAAAGUCUCACAUCAUCCAAAAUCAUCCACAAAUCACCAGCAACAGAAGAAAGAAAGUUUUCGAAAAUAUCAUUCAGAAGAGGAAUCGACACUCGUGACAUUCCUUAAACCAACUUUAACAGCAAUCCAGAAUGAGAAUAAUCGUAGCUUUAAAGAUCCACUUAUAAUUGUAGAAGAUGAAGCUAUAGAAAUGAUUAGCUCGCCCUUUUCAAAAGCUCCGACUGAACGAUCAUCAAAAUCAAGCAACGCAAGUAGCAAGCAACAAUUUGGCAAAACUAAACAGCUGUUCAGCCGGAGUGAUUUUCACAGCAAAAAUGUACACGCAAUUUGCCAAGACCGAGAGAUUGACUCAAUUGAUUUCAGAGCCAUCGAUGCUCUUAAGCAAAUUGAAGACACAAAUGAAACGUCAGCUCUCAAUGUCUCGUUCACGGACGGAAGUAAAUCGGAUAUCCAAGCUCAAAUUGAGGAAAUGCUGAUGGAAAGAGACUAUGUUAAUCAAUCGUCAAUUGAGAGUAGUAGUUCAAUAUUGCAAAUUUAUGCUGCAUACGACACUGGAUUGUCGUCUGGAACCUCAUUAAAGCUUAAAUGUACACAAAAGACUACGUCUCGUGAAGUUAUUAAUUUGGUUGUGAAGCAAUUGAAUAUGGCUGUUGUUCUCAAAGGAAAGGACGGACCUGUUUAUGGAGCUAAUCAGCUAGAUGACUUUUGUCUGGUGUGCUUAGUUGGUACGAGAGAACGAUGCCUUCGAGAUGAUUUUAGACCAUUUGAUUUACAAAAUCCAUGGAAGAAAGGAAAGCUGUUUGUGCGAUUUAAGCACGAUCUGCUAGCCGCAAUUGAAAUUAAUGCUUCCAAUAGAGAAGCCUUUUCAUUAUAGAAGCAAUUUUAAUGACAUUUCCACCCCUAAUAGCUUUAA